AAAUAAAAUUUUCUGGCGUUAUCGUGCGAUAUCGAAAGACACGCGCGAGAAAUCUGCAAAGCUCGUGCGGAAAGCUUGAUAACUUUUCAUUUUGCAGAUCUGACUCCUCCAUUAAAAACGAAGGGAUAUCGUGAAGGACUCUUGCCGGUGUGAACACAAAUUUUCAAUUUCAACUUUCAAGAGAAAGGAAGGAAGAGGAGAAGUCAACACGGUUGAGCCACUGGGUUUCUGCGUCCAUGGACUCGAUCAAGCCUUUUGCUCUGCGCCGCCAUGUUUACAAGUCUAAACAGAGGAAACAAUGGAGAAGAGAAGAAAAUAUCAAGAAGAACAGAGAGAGGAGGGAGACAAUGGAACGGCUGAAAACAGAUAUGGCAGAGAUCAGUGAGGGACAAGAUCGCUUAAAGGAAGGGCAACGAGAAAUAAGACAAAAGUUUGAAGAGAUAGAAUCUGAAUGCCACAAACUCAAAGAGGAGACAAUGAACAUAGCCAAGCAGAGUGAUUGCAAUCAAAUCAGGAUCAACCUAAUGUUUAGCAUUUUGAAAGCACGUCAAGACAACAACUUUUCCCAUGCCGAACACCUUACUCAGCUCCUCCGUGAGGAAAUGGGAAAGCAGGAAGAAGGAAAGCCGGGCCUGGUUGGCUGACUAAUGAUCCUGACUAAUGAUCAUGUAAAACAACGAGCAGUGACUCUUAAUCGUUUUUUUUUUUAUUAAAACAAAAUCAGCAACUAAAUCUGGAUAUGUACUAAUAUCAGUCUUCCCUUAAUUUCCUUCUGCUUAUCUUCUUCCUUCAA